UCCGUAUCUGGAACACACUCAUUGACUAGCUUAUUUUAGUCAUGAAGAUAUUGUUUAUUCUUUAAAAAAUAUGGAAGAGCCACAAAAUGGGAAUAUUCGAAGAGUGGGUAGUGAUAGUAGGGUGGAAGACCUUCACUUGGACAGGGUAGUCGCUUCACAGCCAGAAAUCGGACCUACCCCUCCAGAUGGUGGAUACGGCUGGCUGAUUGUUUUCUCAGCGAUAGUGUACAACAUAACCGUACCAAGCGUGAUACUUUUAUACGGAAUUAUAAUUUUAAAAUCGAUAAAAGAGGAAGACCAUGAAGAAAAUGAAAAAAUGAAGAUAUGGGAUGUAGAUAUAGCACUUGUACCUGUUAUAAUGAUAGUGAUGAAACUGCUUCUUGAAUCAUGGUGCAGAGCAGUUGUAAAAAUCUUUAACAUGCCAAGGUUCACAGCGCUUUCUGGAGUGUGUCUGACAGUAGCGGGGGUUCUAUUAUCGAGUUACUCGACAAGCGUAUACCGAAACGAUCAUAUUGUGAACAUAUUUUCAGGGAUAUUUGCUGGUGCAGGAUGUGCUUUAACAGGACAGCAAACCGACGUCAUCAUCUCACACUACUUUAGAGACAAACUCAUUAUAGCGCAGAGACUUGUCCGUAUGGCCCCCGCCCUCGGCAGCGUCCUAACCUGUCUCCUUGUCGGCUACCUCAGCACCGUCUAUACAAGUGACAUAGUUAUAAUGAUCUAUGGUGCUAUACUUAUGCAGAACUGUAUCUUCCUAGCAAUUUAUACACGACCAGUUUACGUUGAAAGGGUCAUCCGUUCAACAUACAACAUGAUUCGUGCUGUUGAAGACGACGAUGAAGUUAUAUUUUCUAACCAAAGCACAAAUCAGCGCCAACCCCAGACACAGAUCGAGUCCAGACCAGCAAUAGUCGCCGAAAACAUCGUCUCGACACAAGACGAAGACACAGACGUUGUUGUCUUCAAAUCGAGGACAGGAAGGGAAAUUAUCAACCCAGAAGUCCAGAAUAGGGAGAAUAAUAGCCAUGCGAGGUUUUCAUCAGAUUUCAGUGAGAUGUACGAUGGAUCCAGUUCAAAUCGGUUCUCGUCGGAUUUCGGGACCCUAGACAUUACGAGCUAUAGCAGAAUAGGUAGAUAUCAGGAACUGGAAAAUAUUGACAGAGACGGUCAGAAUCCCCAGCCAUUGUACAGAGAAACUACAGUGAAUGCUCCUUCGAACAGCCUGGUAUUUACAGCAGAUUUAACGCCAGGAACUGCUCGAAGAACUGCGUCUCUGAAGAAGAAUAUGAUUACAGUUAAGAAUAUGCUGCUAGACCUCAAUUUUUAUUUGUACACGUUGUUGCACUUGUGUACAACAUACUGUACACUAAUAUUAGGAAUAUUGUUCCCGCCCAUGUUGUGGGAAUUUAAUCCAUCAAUGAAUAUCUGGUCGGUGGCAUCUAUGACAGCGGUGGCAUACGGAGCAGCUCUUUUGUUCAUAAUGUUGUGCAUCGCUUUACCCAAGAACAUUAACGAAAAAGCGCGGUUAUGCGCUGCUUUCUGCGUGUGUGGUGCUGUUGGAUUUUACGGUAUUACUCUAUCAGUAAGCAAAUCCUUCCUGGUCGUUUGGGGCAUGUUCGCCUGUUUCUCGACCGCAGCUUCGAGCGUACUUCAACAGCCUUUGUACAACGCGCUUAACGAGUUCGACAUUACAGCCACCAUGACCACAGCUAAUGUUAUCGUCGCCAUUAUUGUCAUGGUGUGGUCACUUAUAUAUAAUUACGAAUAUAAAACAUGUUUCUUCAUCGCCAGUUUGAUACAGACUGGCACAGCGGGCGUUUUCUUUGCAGCUUCAUUUAGACGUAGGAGAUAGUAAAAUAAAAAAUAUAUAUAAUAUAAGGCAGGAUAAUCAUAACCUUAACCGAUUGUUUGAAAAUCUAAUUUAAAAAAUGUGUCAGUAUGUAUUCUGUACGUGAUUCUGUAUGUUAUUCUUAUUUUGGCGCGAUUUUAAUAGUUAUAUAUUUUUUUAGUCAGGUAAACCUAAAAUGUAUUUUAGAACGAUGUAAACCAGGGGUGAGCAACCUUUCUAAUCUAUCUUCUAAUAAUAAAUGGGCCAAUUAAAAUUUUUUUUUUUGGCGGGCCGCACAUAGAUUAACUCUUAUUAAUAGUUUACGAAACAUUUUUUAUAAUACAUAUUAGAAUAAAAAAUACAAAAUUAAAAAAAGAGAAGAUUUAAUAUACAAAUUUUA